AUGGCUGACCAUAAAGCGGCCGACCGCAGAGUGGUUGGCCAUAGAGCCACUGACCUUUCUUAUGGUUAUCUUGGAGACGCAUCCUAUGAUAUUGACGAAAGGCAGUGGUCCUUUUCUUUGGACCCCUCUCAGAAUCAAAUAUUUGAACAAGUCGUUCCUUUCAAGCAAAGCAUUCCCCCGCCAGUCCAAAACGUCCCGACGAGCAAGCAGAACUCGCCCAACUCCGCUCGCUCACAGAUGAGAUGGCUUGCGAAAUCUCGACCGGAAGCCUUUCCUGCAAAUGAUAUUGCUUCCGUUUUUGCUAAGGCUCCCUCUGCCACUCGACGAGAUCGCCCUCCUGUAUUUGGGCAAUUAUUGGCUAUUGGAGGUGCAGUUGAUGUUGACCACCAGCCUAGAUAUCGAACAGAUCCUAUCAUUGCAAUUGCGAAUGGCGAAGCCGGCCAUGUUCUUCGAUUGAUUAGACCUCGGGUCGCCAACUAUGGAUGGGGAAAGCAAAGCGCAGUGAGCCUUUCUCUCAUGGAUGCAGCAUCGUCGGACCUUGGACACUGGGUUGGAAUUGGAGGAAGAAUCCAGCAGAUUGCCUUCGCUGAUGAACAAAAUGUAUCGAGCACCUUGCUCGCCGUUCGACAAGCUUCUGUCAUCACAAUUUUCCGCCCUACGUAUCAUAGACAACCUGUCCCAGCUGUGAUACCAAGUGGAUAUGCGAAGCAAUAUCCCCCCUCGCGUCUUAGUGCCAACCCUAUAACUGCCUUGACAGCCGAGAGAUGUGGAUCAAGACGGCAUGUUGAUUUGUCUUUCAAUCCAUUUUAUUCCCGGCAAUUCGCUGUCGUGGAUGACCUAGGUCGCUGGAGCAUAUGGGACAUCGAAGGCCGGCUGCGCAAACGCUCUACUGCAGAGCUAGUCCCAGGAAAAAGUGGAGGGAUAUACGACGACUAUGUGCCACCUUCACGUCUGAAGGGCACUGACAAUGCAGAUGGCUGGCAUCGUGUUCUGUGGGCCACAAAUGUCAGCACUAUCGUUGUCUGCAACAGACGUCAUAUUGCUGUAUUUGAUGUGAGGACAACGCCAACUCGUCUAAAGAGUCCUGAACUUCUACCAGCUAGAAGAAAUACCGAUUGGAUACUUGAUAUUAAGCGCAGUCCUAAGAAUCCAAGUCAUUUGUACGUGUUGACAACAUCUCGGAUUUUCUGGGUGGAAGUUAUUACAUCUGGAGAGGAUAAAGAUGGUCAUGGCUCUGGGAUUCGAGUGAUACUAUCUUACCGUCAUUUUCGUGAUGCCAAUGAUGAAACAAUGAGUCUUACAACUCUAAAAGAUGGGGAUAUUUCUGUCCUCAUAUCCUCAGGGAAAAGUUUACUUGUUAACUUCUACACAUUUUCAUUGACUUCGGACGAUGCUGGUAGUCCAACUUCUUCUCGAGGAUCCUUCUCCCUCUCCACGAGCUUGGACGGUCAAGCUCUAAACGAUGAAAUGCUACAUACACUCUGCUUCUUCCCUGCGCCUCUCACAUCUAAUUCCAGCCGGAUUCCGGGGCCAGAGUGGCAGUUCGUUGAGCGAGAUGUCAAAUUUUACCAGGUAUGGGCUCUAACCUCAAAUCUUGGGCUGAGCACAACACUUUGUGCCAUAUACACUGGGUCCACAAGAAAUGCCUCUCUUCCGAGACUCCUUAUAACAGCGCCGACAGCAAGGAUUUCUCUUCGGCGACGCACUGUAAUGGAUGGACAGGUCGUAGUUGACUCUUUCAUCGUUCCGGACAGCCUCGUCGAUGACGAAGAACUCGAUCGCCUUCCAGCGGCCAUGUCACGGCUUGAUCAGCGGUUUUCGGGGAAGGAGAAAAUGCAAGAUGAUCUAAGAUUCAGAAUCAAUUGGCGUGGGAUUUUUCAACAGGUAUUUAUGGAUGCUAGUCCUGGCAAUCCGGCGGAAAUUGGUGUAUCAGAAUCAUUCGAGACUGUGUCCGAUCUUGUUGAACAUGUGUCAGAUUUCAUAAAGCAGAAGAUGGAGGGAGACACACUUGCAAUGAGCUCAUUCUUCGAGCUUUCUAACUUCUCAAGCUUUUCGGAAGAUCUUGAGCGGGCGGCUCCGAUACUGGACGACUUUUUAAACUCUCUCCAAGUAGAUCAGGAUCCUGAUGCACCUUCCAGCUUGAUCUUAUCCGACUUGACAUCAUGUCCUGGCAUGGGCUUUCCAAUUACCCAGGACUCACUUUUUCCUGACCUGCUCAAGAUCUAUGAUCAAGUUGGUGACCUUUGGAUGGCGAGUCUACCCCUAAAGGUCCCGAAUUUGGCGAGGCGAUGGAAAUUCAAAGUCGCACGUAAAAUUGCUGUUGAGUUGUACUUGAGCUCUAUUGCAGCUUCCUUGUGCAAUAAGUCGGCUCAAAUAGCAGAGCUACCUGGUCAAAUAAGUAGUGGGAUUGAUGGGGCCCCGCAGAAUAACCUCGACGAUGAAUCGCGCGAAGAUUCUCCCCCUUUCAUGUCUUCCCAGGCCACGAAUGCCUCACUAGAAGCAGGAUUUGGUCUACCUACACCUUCCCGGACCCCAUCUUUAUACUCAUACAAGUCAACCGAAACUCCAGAACCUACAGAAGACCCAAUAAUCUCACGAUUACGACAAUAUGCUGUUUCCAUAGUAUCCCAACCAGAUCUGGGCAAAUCUGCAUUGCUUGCCCAGUGGCCUUCCUCGCCUGGAGCUGAUCCUGCUCAAUAUUCGUGGCGUGCAAUGGGAGACAAGGGGGAAAAUAUCGAUUUUCGCAGACGGAAAGAAGAAGCUCGACGUCGCAGAAAAACCGAGAGGCUCCUGGACCGAGAAAGGACCAACAAUUCCCAAGCCAAAGCUGAAUCGACUCCUACACCCUUUGGUAGUCAGCCUGUACUUGCUCAACCCGCCCCAAGCUCUCAGACGGUUGAUGAUAUUCCAAUGACACAACCAGACAGGGGCGUCUUCGGGAGUAGAUCUGCUCAGACGGUCAAGAAGAAACGGGCGAAUCGUAGAGCUGCGGGAUUUUGA